CUCGCACUUCCAAAGGCCACUCAGUGCAAUAUGAAUGAAAUGCCAGGCGUGGAUGCCCUCAUGCCUCCUCCUCUUCCCGCGACUUGUGCCUCGAUUGCGGCCAAAAGCGCAGGUUCACAGACUCCCUUGACAAAUGAAGGCAAGUUCCGAGUUCCCCUCCAAAGAAUACCAAAACUUAUGGCCCUCUCACCCGGUCGAUCCAUCGACUCCCAACUUAACGAGCUGACCAAGGGUCUGCGUCGUAGCGAGCCGGACGCAAUAUCCCGACCACCGUCGGCGCAGUUUGACCACAUUAGUCGUCUGGACGACGGAAAGAGUGAGGAUAGCUCGGUGGAGUUGAACAGUCUAGACCGCCCUCCCGACCCGCGUUACUAUGCCGUUGACUCCGCCGAAAUGAUGGUUCACUCUAGCCAGUCCUUUGGGAGUUCCGUGUCAGGAGCCGACCACUUGAAGGCAGGCCGGCAGUCGCCGUCCGGAGCAUCUCCCGGUGGCAGCGUUGGCGGAGCCGGUUUCUUCAAGCACAUGCUUUUAAGGAAGAACACUUCUGCUGGACGCACCUCGGCCUCCAAACCCACCAGCAAACUGCGCAAGGUCCGGGCCGGCGACAAUGUCAUGUUAGCACGACCCGAAUUGUCUGCGACCGAGGUGCUGGAACGAAUCUCCGAGUCGCUCCGCAGCAACUCGAUCCGGCACGGAUUCACCUGUACUUUCUCGAACGACUGGGGCCGUACUCUGCUUAAAUUUGAGAUUGAAGUCGUGAAUGUCGUGGGCAAGUACAGCUUACCUAAGCUGCUGAUCAAUAAGAAACCGAUCGGUGUGGGCGCGAAGCUGCGUGCUCCACUCGUAGCCGUUGCCUCUGACAACCCAACUCCAAGUCCAGCCGACGCUGACGACGACGGAGGCGCGCCGUCAAACAGAAUCUCCUCGGAGGACGUAGCCAAUCAGCCGUGCACGAUCGGCGUCAAGAUCAAACGGCUACACGGUGACUCGUUCACCUACGCGAGCAUUUGCCGGGCGGUGCUGAAUCAGGCCAACGUGAAAGAAGCGUGUGGAGUUGCACAAUGGACGGCCGGCCUAGAAUUAGAGAGCGUUAAUCCCGUCUUUGUGGUUCGUCGAAGUGAGGUGGCAUCUCCAGCCAAUGCACGAGAGCCCCUGUGA